GAGUUUGGCGCCGGCCUCCCGCGGGGCGGAGAAAAGAGGGAAGGAGGCCUCUCGGGGACGAGCGGAGGAGGAGGAGGCAAGAUGGCGGCGGAGGCCGCCGCAGCCGCCGCCGCGCCGGUCUCCCCUCAGCCGGGCCGCUGCGCCUAUUUCGUGGCGCGGAAAAGGCGCUUCUGCAAAAUGGUGCCGGCCCGGGGCAAGCGCUUCUGCGGCGAGCACGGAGGCCGUGAGGUAGUCGCUUUGGAGGCGGAGGGCGGGGAGGAAAGAGAGAGAGAAAUGGCCUCAGCUGGAGCUCGUUUCUCACCAGGCGACGUGGAGGCAGAGGGAGAGAUUGGCAAAUAGCUAGUUCGCUUUCGUUCUAAUAAACAAUGACUCUCCCCCCCCAAAAAACCCACCAUCAAAUGACCAAAAUAAAAACCACGCCGUCAAUAAGGACCCCCUUCGUUCCAGCAACGAGGAAAUGCGCUUUGCACGUGCUCAGAGGCAUGGUGGUAUGUUGCGACAGAUCCACCACAUGUUCAGUAGUUGCAGAUUCCUCGUGGCUUCGUUUAUUUCCAUGCUGGAUGAAGUCUUCAUCUGUUGCAACACACACACAUGCUCAGUUCUUCUUUAAAUUAAUAUUUAUAGUGGACGACUUGUAGGUAGCGUAUCAUUCCCAGGAGGAAAAAACCACACCCUGUAAAACUGGAAACUGAAAUCAGAAAUUCUGUGCAAUGCAAUCCUUUACUCAACUGGGAAAGCAGGAGACUCUUAAUCUCAGGGUUGUGUGUUGGAGUUGGGCAAAAGCUUCCCUGCAUUACAGGGGGUUGGACUAGAUGACCCUCAGGGUUCCUUCCAACUCUACAGUUCUAUAAUUCUAUGAUGGCAUUUUACCCAAAAGUAAGACCCAUUGACUUCGAUGGGACUUGCUGCCAGGUUAUUGUGUAUAUAGGACAGCAGCCUGAAACAUCAGGUCAUAAAAUAAAAAAAGCUUUCUCUUUUACACAUGCUUUUAAGUAAAACUUGUUUCCAAGUAAUGUUUUAAGGAUUUGAGUCCAAACUGCACACCCCAUUCUAUGAAAGCCGAUUUUGAUUUUGUAUUCCGUUCCCGGGUGCUAAAUGCAGUUUAGAGGACAUAGUCAAGUCCACUGAUCUCAUUGGGGCCACUCUCUGUAUAACGUAUAACAAUACAAUCCAUUGACUGCUAAAGUAAAUACACAGUUUUAAAGUUAAAACUUUUUUUGCCACCCAGGAAGAAAAUGGCAGGAAAAGAAUUCCAUGCCCUUUGGAUCCGAAACAGUAAGCAUGCUUAAUAGAUGUUUGCACACUAACUUUUUGUUUUGAGAACCGUGAACACUGCUGCUAGUUUUCUGUCUGUUUCUGCUUUUAGUACUGUAUAUGAAGAUCAGCUGCAAAAACACUUGAAAAAGUGUAAUUCAAGAGAGAAGCCAAAGCCUGUAAGUAUACAUCUAAUGGUUUGAAUGAAUUAAACAGGGUUUUUAAUGGUGUCUUUUAAGCAAAGCUGCCUUCUGCAGUGAUGUUACUGCCAGUCUUCCUUCUGAUGGUUCUCUGGUGAGAUAAAAUCUAUGUGGCUUUGUUUGGGUGGUGUUUUUAUUACAGUUAUGCAAACACGGUUUAUGGAGUACUGGGUUCUCCUAAAACUAUGGAUAUAAAAGUGUAAGGCAGACUCCUCUAAAGAGGUGUUUAAAACGGGGGAAUAAGAAGAAUGGCAUCAAAAGAAAAAUGGAAAGGGGAUAGAGAAGGAACUCUUCAGUGAACCUUUUAAUGAAAGGCUAGGUAAAACCAUAUAAACAUACUGAAAAAGUAAUUGUAUGUUGUCCUGCCAUAAUUAGAUUUUAACAUGAUAUUUGUUCCAUGAUUUAAUUAAGGUCUACUAUUCUCAAGAUAUUAAUGCAGGACUGAAAGAUACGACAGAGUUGCCAGAAGAGCAGGUGAAUGAUUAAAUUUUAAUAUAUGAUGUUUGUUGCAAAUGAUAGUUGCAAUAUGUUCUCUUACUGCCUCUUGUAAGUGCACAUUUCCUUGUGUGUCAGUCAUGGUUCUGCAGCAAGAUUUAUUAGCCUAGAAGACAAUCCAAGGGGUUUAAACAUUGAUCUUAGCUGACCCGUAUCUUAAACCUCAGUAUAGAAAAAGCUGUUUCUUUGGUUUUGGACAGAAUCAUAUGCUGCUGAUCAUUUGAGGCACCACACCCAAAGGGCCUUUGUUCAGAUGACUGCAUCCAUCUUCUUAUAUGUGCCAUUAUCUUCUUCAUCCAUUGUUGCUGUGGCUGGCUCUGAUGAAAAAGCCUAAUCCUAUGCGUUUUUGCUCAGAAAUAUAUCCCACUAAAGUCAUUGGAGUUUACCGCUACUUCCAUGUAGAUGCAUGUAGGACUGGACUACAGGUGCUUAUGAAUCACACCAAGCAGGAUCCACUGAUACCAUAAACAGCUAUAUAUACGGCAUAUAAAAAAAGAGCACCAGGUAGGAUGUAACUGACAGUUGCCCAGACAACCAAGUUUCUAGAUGUGUGUUCACAUUUACUAGGUACAGUGAGAAACAUCAAGCUCUCCUCCUCAAGGCUUUCCAUUCACUUCAAUUAGAAUGUGUAGACAGGCUGGGAGAAUUGCACCAUUAUUGCUUCUGCAUUCAAUUUGUGUACCCUUCAGCAGGUACCGAUUUCUGCGCUGUCUAAAGAAGAGUUGGAGGACUUAAUUAGAAAGCUAAGAAGAGCAAGUAACUGUGAGUCUGUUUUAUUUUUAUAAUAGAUUACGUCGGGUGUUGAGGAAAUAGAGUAUUGUAGAAAUAAUCCUAAUGGUCAAAGCCUAAUGUUUUUAGAAUACAGUAGCACCUCGGCUUACGUUACCCUUGGGUAAUGUAAACUUCGGGUUGUGAAAGCGGCAAACCCGGAAGUGUUUCGCCGCGCACGCAUGCGCAGAAGCACUCUACCGUGCACAUUCACAGAAACGGUUCUUCCGGUUGCGGAAACCUCGGGAUCUGACCUGAGCUCCAGAACGGAUCCCGUCCGCAACCAGAGGUACCACUGUAUGUAAGGAUGGAACUAGAAAACCUUUAAACACCGGCUGUUUAAAAUAUUUUUGCUGUUCAAAAUUGUGUACUCUCAUAUGGUUAGUAACUUGGUCACAGGAGGGGACAGUGUAGUGGGUCGAUGGUGCUCACCUGACACCUCUGGUCAGUUGUGUUGCUGCUGUUUGCAAGGGAUGGAGGGGCAAGGAGGCGGGGGCAUUGCUAUGGUGCAACUGCAUUGACAGGGGUGCAGGAUUUGCUGCAAAAUGAGUUGGGCCCAUGUGCCUCUUUCCCCCUCUCCAUAAGCAGCAGUGGCACAACCUGUCGAGGUUGGGAGUUGCACAGGCCCAUCAUGCCAUCCAUUACCCUUCCGUCUACAAGAUGUAUUUACCUGGAAGGAGGUUCUUUGUGACUGCCUCAGUUGAAACUCAGGCAAAGGAUAAUAAUGCUUUUCGUCUUCAGGUAUAAAUUAUGUACUUAAGGACCAAAUCCUCUCUCACCAAGCUUUACAAGAGGCCUUGAGUGAUCCCCAAAAUGGAGAGGUGGCUUUUAAGCAUUUGAAACAACAGGUGAGUACUCUUAGUGGUAAAUACUGACUAGCAAAACUUUCUUUUAAAUUUCUGGUUGAUAAAUGUCCUCGAAGUGUUAGCAUAUCUAUAUAUUUUUUUCUGAAAUUGCUCUGUUCUUUAUGGAGCUUUCAUUUACAUUUGUUUGUAAUGAUUUUGGACAUUAAAUAAACCCGUGAAAUUCUUUAAAAAGUAGAUGCCCAAAGAAAAUGCUCAUAGUAUUAAGUAAGCAGAAAUCAAAAAUAGGUUUGGCUGCAAUUUCACCAACUUUUUUUGGUGCGUGGGUAUGCAUUUGCAAAGCAAAGGAACUGUUGUAGGUACAACACACACACACCACAACCUGUUCUGUUGGCUACACUGCUUUCAAGCCUAAUUUCAGCAAGAAGAGGGCCUCUGUGGGUGCAUGUCAUUGCGGGUGCCACAUAGAUGACCCCCCUGCAUGGAAUUAUCAGAAUAUGCUCAAAAUAACAAUGCAAUAAUUUAAUCCUGCAAUCAAUUAGUAUGGGCAGAAUCAGAAGUAGCAUUUUAGUAGGUGCUAUGGAAAAUUCUUCUGAUUGUUACGUUGAUGAUAGUAGAGAGAAUUGAUUUCGCUGAGGUGAUAAAUAAUCUUUUGACAUCUGUAGGCUUCUAUAUUAGGUAACAUGGAAAGACUUCAUUUGCUUGAACCUGGCAACUGUUUUGUUGAAUUUGGAGCGGGACGAGGAAAGCUGUCCCACUGGGUGGAUAUAGCCUUACAAGAUUCUAAAGAUGUGCAUUUUCUUCUUGUUGAAAGAGCAACUACUAGGUUCAAGGUAAGGCAGUAUUGCAAGCAUUAUAACCCCACCCCCCACCUCCAGGGGAAGCCAACUCAAGGGUUUUUUGUUUCUGGUUGUUGUUUUUUACAAAAAAUAAGAUUAUCAAUAAAAAAGUAAGGCCAAAUCUAAACUUGUCUGUUUUAAAGUCUUGCCAAUAACAACAUUGCAGCAGGGGAAAAAAAUACUGAAAUUGAUACUGAACAUUUUUUAUUUCAUUUGUGAAAUAUAACUGGAAUUUGCCAAGUAGCUCUUUUAGGAGGCAAUUACUUCAUAAAGCUUUCUUGUUGUUUUUUCACAGGUAGAUGGUAAGCAUAGAAAAAAUUGCUUUGAAAGGCUUCAAGUCGAUAUCCAGCAUUUGUGUUUAAGUAAGUUGCUCAUUCAUUUAACAUAUGCUUCAGUUUGACAGUAAUCAUUCUUUAUGAACUCUGUGAAAGACAGUGCAGAAAAAAACCUUGGUGAUUUUAGAAACAGUUAAAGCAGGAUCAGUCCUACUAAACUGAGAUUUGAGAACAAGUGUGGUGCAAGAGCUAGAGAACAGGAUUUCAGUGGCAAGAUUUUAUAUACUGUUAGGUAUAUAAAUACAACUUUUCAAAUCCAUUACUAGACACUCCCCAUUUGUAUUCCUUAGGUGUUAAUAAUCACAAAAUAGGUCAGAUACACAAAUCAAUCAGAGUGUUUCAGUUUCAUGUGCAUUACUCUGUACAUUUGGAUUGCCAUCAGUGAACUAACUUCAGAUUAGUCCUCUGUAUAUUAUUUUUAGAAUAUUUGUUUGUGGCCAAAUGCAUUGCACUGAAAAACUUGAAGGCGCUGUAUCCAAGUACAGUGGUACCUCAGUUUUCAUACACAAUCCGUUCUGGAAGACCGUUCAACUUCCGAAACGUUAGAAAACUGAGGUGCAAAGAGCGGUCUGCCAAUUAAAUAGAGAAAAUUGUGAAAAACAACAGAUACACACAGCGGAAGCCAUUAGACUUCCAAGGCACGUUUGAAAACGGAAGCAUUUACUUCCGGGUUUUUGGCGUUCGAAAACCAAAACAUUCAGCGACGGAGACGUCCAAAAACUGAGGGUACCACUGUAUAAAACUUGAUACAUUUGACUAGGAAUGUGUGUUUGAAUUGUUUGGCAUCCUUGACCAGCUUACUAAAGGGGUUGGAAUAGGGCUAUUGCCAUCACGUCCUUAUUGCUUAUGGGUUUCCCAGAGCUGGCUUCAAAAGAGCUUGUGAGAUGGGCUUUUGAUUUGAUUUACUUAUGUUGUUAGAUUUGAUACUCUUAUGUCCUAUUGUGCUCUUUUUUUGGUAAUCUUUCUUUUAAAAACUUUUCAUCACAGUGUCUCUGGCUGCUCUGUGGUUGGACCAACAUGUAAUUUGUAUGUAAAAGCAUACGAUUUUCAGUUUUGAUUUUCUUCUGAUUGCUUGAUGCACGUGUGUGUCUGCAGCAGUCAGAAACAUGCUGGCUGGGGUUCUCUCUUUCAGAUAAGGUCCCCGUUCUUGUGAAAGAGAAGCUGCCUGUGAUAGGAAUUGGAAAACAUGUUUGUGGUGCGGCAACAGGUACAAGACUGUCCUAGUUGGUGAAGAGAGAGGUGUUUGAACUAUACAGUGAGAAGUUAUCGCUGAUUAAAAUCACACAAGCCCAAAGGGUCACAUGACUUGGCGCAGGCUUUGACUUUAUUCUGAGAAUCAGUAUGUCAUCAUCUCUCCUUGGUAUAUAGCUGAACACGUUGGAUCUGCUUAAAAAUAUUCACGGAAAUACAAUGUAAGGCCUUGUUUCCCAAAUUUGGGUCUCCUACUGUUUUCGAACUACAAUUCCAAUUAUCCCUAUCUUGCUCGCUAGGGAUGGUGAGAGUUGUAGUCCACAAACAGCUGGGGACUCAGGUUUGGGAAACACUGAUAAGGUAACAAAAUAAAGGAGAUUAAGGCAAGUUAAUAGAACUUACCAAACCCUUUCAUAAAUAAUUGUUGUACUUAUUAAGCUGCAAGCCUUCUUACACUUAACUUGGGAGUUGGAGUCCUGUUGGGUUGGGCUGCUAAGUAAGAAUAUAGCUUGAAAAUGUUGCACCAUAAAUUUGGCACAUCUGUUAAUGAACCAAGUUUUUUUAACUGUUGUGGAUGGAAUCAGGUGAAAAGAUGGUUCAGACAUCAGAAGAACAUGACCAAGAUGACAUAAAUGUUACAAGUUAUACAUUAUUUCUAUUGCUCUUUGAAGCAGCCACAGUUCAAACAAUACUUUUGUGUUCACAGAUCUUGCUUUGAGAUGCUUAGUUGAAACAUACACAAAACUCUGCAAAGGCGAAAAGGAGAGCCCUGCACCUAAACGCUUUAAGAGCAAUGAAACCAGCAUAACUUCUAAUAAUUCUGGUGAAUUGCAUGGCAAGCCUAUAGCAGACAGCUGGAGCCCUGUGGCUGGGGUUGUUAUUGCCCUGUGUUGCCAUCAUAGAUGUGACUGGAAGCAUUACGUAGGCCAAGACUUCUUCACAAAAGUAGGACUUGGGGCGAUGGAAUUCAAUUAUUUUAAACGGAUGACAAGCUGGGCCACUUGUGGCAUGAGAGAAACUGAGAGGAAAAGCUAUGCAACUCAUACAAAGAAUGAAGAACAGAGCAAUGAGACAGAAGAAGAUGACCAAGAUGAAUACAAUGUGGAUAGCCUGCAAGGGUACGUGAUCCUUUUCAGCACAACAGAUUAUUGAAAUAAAUAGGUUUUAACGUUCUGCAUUUGAUAGUCAUUCAGAUAUGUAAAUUAGGAGUAUUACUUUCCCUUCCAAAAUGUAUUUUGUAAUUUGUUGCAACCUAAAAGGGACACGGGUGGCGCUGUGGGUUAAACCACAGAGCCUAGGACUUGUCAAUCAGAAGGUCGGCGGUUCGAAUCCCCACGACGGGGUGAGCUCCCGUUGCUCGGUCCCUGCUCCUGCCAACCUAGCAGUUCAAAAGCAUGUCAAAGUGCAAGUCGAUAAAUAGGUACCGCUCCGGUAGGAAGGUAAGCGGCGUUUCCGUGCGCUGCUCUGGUUUGCCAGAAGUGGCUUAGUCAUGCUGGCCACAUGACCCAGAAGCUGUACGCCGGCUCCCUCGGCCAAUAAAGCGAGAUGAGCGGCACAACCCCAGAGUCGGCCACAACUGGACCUAAUGGUCAGGGGUCCCUUUACCUUUACCUUACAAGAUUUUAAAGUAGAUCCAAGUCCACAAACGUAAAUUUGUUGGUCUUUAAGGUACUGCAUGACUUUUAAGGAAUUCUGAAGUCACCCAUUUGCAUUGCAGUGCUCUAAAUCUGAUAUCCCGAUUCCUUGAGAUGUUACAAUUGCUGUAUUUAAAAACAUUUUUUCCUUCUGGUUUUAGGCUGUUAACCACUGAGGACCGAAAGCAGAUAGGUCAGCUUUGCAAACUGUUGAUUGAUCAUGGUCGGAUCGAAUAUUUACAGCAGAGAGGAUAUGAAGCUAUGUUGCAGCACUAUACAGAUCUCAGCGUGUCCUUAGAAAAUGUACUCUUGACAGCUGUGCCAUGUCAGUCUUCAUUAACCCCCUCAACUGCUUAAAAGCAAGAGGACUUUAGAAAAAACUGGACACACAGUCUGCAGAACAUGCCUCCUCUUCUAACAUCCAGUAUAGAGCUUACCAAAUAGCUAGAGGUUUGUAUAGCCUCCUCUGGAACCAGAAGAAAGGAAACAUCAACUUCUUCACUGAGAGAACGCCUUUGUUUGGAAGACAUACUCUUGUGAACUUCCAGUAACAGUGAAAACUCAGAGUGGAAAAGAUUAUUUUUUUUACUUUUCAUUGACAGCAGCACCAGCUAGCAUACCACCUUCCAUGUUUUCUGAAAGAGAAAAUAUUUAAUGGAAGAAAUCUACAUGCCAAGAAACUUACAUUAAAAUAAUAAUACUGUCAACUUAUUUAUAAUCCUAUCUGUUCACCAUAUCUUUUUGAAAGGUUUUUUUAAAACAAGUUUUUAUACUGUUUGCAUUAUGUGCUUGCAUAGAAUUAAAGUACUUAGCUGAAGCCUGUUGAGUAUUUUAUUUUCCUGCUAAUGGACUGUAAUUUAAAUUAUACCUUA